UUCCCAGGUUUAUAUUUAGCCGAGCGGGGAUAUAAAGGCGGCGCCGGCCGCUCUCCCCCGAUGCUGCCGGAGCCGCGGGUGCCCCUCUCCGCGGCCAUGGACACCUCGUACCCGCGGGAGGAGCGGCCCUCCAAGCGGGGCUCGCCCCCCGCCGCCCCCGAGCCCCGCGACCACCUCGUCUGGGCCAUCUUCAACACCCUCUACAUGAACUUCUGCUGCCUGGGCUUCGUGGCGCUCGCCUUCGCCGUCAAGGCUCGGGACCGGAAAGUGUCCGGGGACGUGGAAGCUGCUCGGCACUUCAGCUCCAAGGCGCGGUGCUACAACGCCCUGGCCACGGCGGGCAGCGUGGUGCUGCCACUCCUGCUCGGUGCCCUCAUCGUCACCGGCGUCAUCCACCUCUCCAAGCUGGCCCAGGACUCCGUCGGCUUCUUCACCUACCAGUUCAGCGGGAGCGACGACGAGGACCAGUGA